GAGAAGAGAAGUCCAGGUCAGAGAUGUAUGAUGAAGCUUUAGAUGAUCUUUCUAAAAAAUUUUACAUGCUAGAUCCAUUGUUUUUUGGUGAUAUGAAGUUCCUUAUCUGCUACGCGGCAGCAGAAUGGAAGGUUGGUUUCUACGCAAUAGAUGGGACGUCGGAGGCUGCAUCAAAGCCAAGUCCCCUUUUCUCUCAAAUACCUAUUGGUAAACCGCUUAGACUACAGCCGAAUUCAGUAAUUAUAUUCGAUUACACUUCGGUCACAAAAGAAGUUUCAAUUAAGAGCUUGCCGUAUGCUGAUGAUAUAAAUUCUCGCAUUAAAUUCCUAUCAUCUAUGUACGCUUGUGCAAGGGGAUGUCUGAGCCUUGUACAAGCUGAGGAGAACUCCCCAACCAUCUGUUAUGUUGAAGGAAGUAAAGUUUAUCAAUUGAAAAUGAAAACUCGUGGAAAAAGAGCUUCGCCAGAGAAUGAAAACCAAUUACAGAUAAUGACUAAACAUGUACUCGUCGGGCUGGAAUGUCUACACAAGGGAGGUUUUGUUCAUCGCGAUAUCAAAUUGUCUAAUAUUUUGUACGUCAUAUUCGAUAAUCCAGCCAAUUCCAGUUAUGUCCUCAUCGACUUUGAACAUGGGGGAAAAUCGGGGGAGAAAAUGACAGAGUUGUUAAAAUGUUGGGAUGAUGGAACAUUAGAUCGCAAAAAAUAUACUAAAAUGUCUGAUAUAUACCAACUUGGGAAGUUGUUGGAGGAAUUUCUUAUUAUGAUUAAGUCUGAAGAGGGUCGGGACUUCAUAGUUAAAUUGAAAAGGAAGGAAAUGGAUGCGAGUGAAGCACUUAAGCAUCCGUGGCUUAUUAAUUUAUAA